GCUCUCUCACUCUCUCCUCAACGCUACAAAACCACGAGUGCCCAUUCUUUCUAUAAUAGCCAUUUGCAAUCUUAAUUCCAUACACUCAUAUGUCUUAUUCUGCUACUUCGACUUUGACAAUGUCUGGUGAGCAACAGUCUUUCACACUCAAAAUAGAGAAAGAACAUGAACACCGCUCCCAGAGAGUUAAGUCUCUGGAUUUCCAUCCAACAAAGCCAUGGAUUCUAACAAGUUUACAUUCAGGAACAAUAUGUAUCUGGAACUACCAAUCACAAGUUAUAGAGAAAUCUAUCAAUGUUACAGAAUCACCAGUAAGGUCAGCAAAGUUUGUAGCACGUGAGCAAUGGAUUGUUGCAGGAGCUGAUGAUAAGUUUAUUCGCGUAUACAAAUUCAAUUCUGAUGAAAAGAUUAAAGAAUUUGAGGCGCACACAGAUUAUAUCAGAUCCAUAACCGUGCAUCCAACACUUCCAUAUGUGUUGUCAGCAUCUGAUGACACGCUUAUAAAGCUCUGGGACUGGGAGAAGGAUUGGGCGUGCGCUCAAGUCUUUGAGGGACAUAGCCAUUAUGUAAUGCAAGUAGCAUUCAACCCAAGAGACACCAACACCUUUGCGAGUGCAUCACUUGAUUGCACGGUCAAGAUAUGGGAUCUUGGCACACGUACUCCAACUUUCACUCUCGAGGCGCAUUCAAAGGGGGUUAAUUGUGUCGAUUUCUUUGCAAAUAGUGAUAAAGCCUAUCUAAUCAGUGGCUCUGAUGAUCAUGAUGUUAAGGUUUGCCAUCAUAAUUCCAUUCUUUGUCUUCAGUCUAGAAGAAUUGGAUUCUUGUUUUCGUUUUGAAUUUUUUUUUUUUU